AUCGUCGCCAUCCACGGCCUAGACACCGAGUCACCGCGAACCUGGGAGUACAAGAAGAAACCAGAACAUGGGGGCGGGGUAGUCAACUGGCUGGCCGAUGCGAAUAUGCUACCGGCUGCCAUCCCCGAAGCCAGGAUAUUCACAUACGACUGGAACGCGAAUUGUUUCCAAGAUGCCCCAGUCAAAGCCAUUCUUGGCCACUCUGAUACUCUACUUGCGCACCUCGCGGAGUCACGAGGCACCGGAGCGCGACCGAUCAUCUUCGUUGCAUCUUGUUUUGGAGGGCUUGUCCUGGCCGAGGCUGUUAACCGAGCAGCACGGGAAGGCAGUCCCUACAGGGACGUUUUGAUGUCAAUCGCCGGCAUCAUCUUCCUCGCCACUCCAUUUCGCGGCAGCGAUGCAGCUCAACAGGCCCAGUGG